UCUCUGUUUUUUUCUUAGUUUUUUGCGUUUUCUGGUCAUUAUUAGCUGAUCGUCUCUCUUCUCUGACAUUUUCAGCUGUUUGUGUCAGCUUGUGAAAUCUACUCAGACUCAGUUUGAUGGUGGACUGUUGAACUGAACUGGACUUAACCUGAGGAACCAGCAGAUUCUGGUUCUAUGGCUGCGUCGGUCAUCACUGUGCUGUUCCUGUUCUCCUGUCUACUGCAGUCUGCCUCUGCAGGUAAGAUGAUCGUGUUACGUCCUGGAGAUGAUGUCACUCUGCCAUGUGAAGCUCCAAACAGCGUCACCAUAACAGCUGUUGAGUGGAUCAGAUCUGACCUUGAUAGACUCGUCUACUUGAAGACAGACGGGCACAUGGUGACAGCAAACCAGGAUCCAUCUUAUGUGAACCGGGUGCAGCUGAAGGACGAUGAGAUGAAGAACGGUGAACUGUCUCUGAUUCUGGAGAACGUGAACAGCAACGAUGGAGGAACAUACGAGUGCCGCUCUAAAAUUCUGAAAGAAGGACGCAGGAAGAGAUCUCUUAUUGGUGGUAAACCCAUCAGCAUCGUCUACCUGAAAGUUGAAGGUGAGUUUGUAGAUGUGAGAAAUGAUAGUUCCACAUCUGGACAGGAGUAUGAUCACAUUUUCACAGUUCCACAUGUUUUGUUCUUCAGGCUUCAGCACAUUGACUUGUAAAUAAAAUAAUGGAUACCACAUUAAAGUCUCAGCUUUAAUGUGACUAUUUUUACAUCAGUAUAGAAAGAACUGUGAGGGAAAUAAAACCCUUUAACACUAAAAUGUGGAACUGUCCAAAUACUUCUGGACUGUACCUGACAGCUGAUACCUCACACCUGUUUCUGCUCUGUGGGUCCAACAGAUGGAGACGCAGAGUCUGGAAAACACUCAGAGUCUGGAAAACACACAGAAGGUGGACAUCUUGGAGUAAUUCUGUCAGUUACUCUGAUGGUCUUGUUGGUUUUAUGAUCUUCAAGAAGCUUAAAGGACGUUCAGAG